AAGCUAUGCUGGCGCCAUCUGCUAUUUUUGUUAAACAUACUUCGACCAGUUCGACCCUCCUUCGACCGGCCAACCCCAUUAAAUGCAGUUAUUGCAGUUGUUCGUUUCGUUUUUAGGGUCCGUAUUCCGUAUUAUUCUAUCAUAUAGUGGCGUUAAAAUUCAGAUUGUCCUGUUGAAAAUUAUUUAAAAAACCGUUUUCUUUGUGUAUGUAAGUUUAAAUUACACAAUCUAUAAUGUCAUAUCAACUGUACAGAAAUACUACGAUCGGAAACACGUUACAAGAAAGCCUUGACGAACUGAUCCAGUAUGGGCAGAUAACACCGGCUUUAGCAGUGAAAGUACUAUUGCAGUUUGACAAAUCUAUAAAUACAGCUUUAUCCAACAGGGUGAAAUCUAGAUUAACCUUUAAAGCCGGAAAAUUAAAUACUUACAGGUUUUGUGAUAAUGUGUGGACCUUUAUGUUGAAUGAUGUGGAGUUCCGAGAAGUGCAAGAAGUUGCUAAAGUAGACAAAAUCAAAAUUGUAGCUUGUGAUGGUAAAAAUGUCGAGGAAAGGAAAUAACAUUAUUGGUGCUGGUAUAGUGUUAAUUCCAAUCAUUAUCUCAAUAUAUUUUUAUAAGGCUAUAGUUUUGGAAAUGGAUUUAAGUCGCUGCUUAUCCAGAAUGUAUGCAUCAGUAUAAAAUAUUCAGGGCCUAAUUGGAUUGAGGGCCUUUUGUCAAUAUUUUAGUUUCGUCUGUUCUGAAUCAAUGUUCAUGUCUAGGGCUCUUGACACGUUUGUGUACAGUAGUAGAAGGACACUUCAAUACCAAAACAAGGGACAUGAAUUUUCACUGCUUCAUUUCAUCCAUUAAGAUUUCAAGACAAAUACUUUAUUAGGUUUUUUUUGGUAUAUUCUUAUUUUUUAGAUCCACUAUAGGUAUCAUCAUUCGCUUGCUCUUGUCCCAUUCACUUGGGGUCGGCGCAGCAUGUCUUUUUUAUUCCAUACCUGUCUGUCGCCCGUCAUCUCAUCAUUCACUUGCGUUCGUUUCAUAUCAUCUCUCACACAGUCCAUCCGCCUUUUCACCUCCUUCCACAUUCAUUACCUUUCUCGUGACAUGACUUCCACUAUAGGUAUAUCAGUAGUUUCGUUUUUGAUUGUACGGAAUACAUUGAAUGAUUUUAUUAAAAAUACUGAUUCUAGUUAAUUCAUAUCAUAUUGUGUAUCAUGCUUAAAUUUAAUAAAUUGUAUACUGGUUUA